AUGAAAUUUUUCACACUCUUGCCGCUGGCAGUCCUAGCCUGCGCAGGAUCCAGUCUGGCAGGCAGCGCACAGCCCGACUACCAACAGCUCUUCGCAGAAAGAGAAGUCGACAGCCCAGCACACUUCCUCGAGCGACGUCAGCAAGGUAUCGGGGGCGCUGGAGGCAACGGUCCCGGCUAUCAGACCGUACCCAGUGUUCCCUUCGAUGGUAACGACUCCCUCCCCUACUCGCCAUCCUUCUACCCAACGCCUCAGACUCAGGGAACCACCCAGAAGUGGAAAGACGCCAUCGGCAAAGCUCGCGAGUAUCUUCAGCAAUUCAACCAGACGGAGAAGGUGAUCCUCACCACCGGAUCGGGAUGGACUCGUGGACCUUGCGUCGGCAACAUCUCGCCCAUACCUCGUGUCAACUUCCCAGGUCUGUGUCUCAUGGACGGUCCAGCCGGCGUACGAGGUAUCGACCGUGUCACUUCUUUCCCCGACGCCAUCACCGUAGCAGCUUCUUUCGAUCGUGACCUCAUGUAUAAGCGUGCUCACGCUAUGGGCGAAGAGUUCAAGACCAAGGGUGCCAACAUCUGGCUCGGUCCCAUGAUGAACCUCGCCCGCUCUCCCGAGGGCGGUCGAUCAUGGGAAGGCUUCGGUGCUGAUCCUUACCUAAGCGGCGAGGGCUCUUACUUCUCCGUUCUCGGCGCACAAGAUGCGGGUGUUCAGGCCAACCUCAAGCACUACAUCAACAACGAGCAGGAACACUUCCGUAACGAGGGUAGCUCCAACCUCGACGCUCGUACCGAACGCGAGCUCUACCAGCACCCAUUCAUGAGAGGCAUUCAGGCCGGCGCCGCCAGUACGAUGUGUAGCUAUAAUCUCCUAAAUAAUAGCUGGGCGUGCCAAAACUCAGAGCUGCUCAACAACCGUCUCAAGACGGAGCUCCAGUUCCCGGGCUACGUGCUGUCGGACUGGGGUGCUCAGCAUGCCGGCGUGGCGACUGCCAAUGCCGGUCUGGACAUGACCAUGCCUGGUGAUAUCACUUGCUGCUCGCGUCAGGAGGGAUCUCUAUGGGGCGGCAACCUCACCAUGGCUGUCAACAAUGGGUCCGUCGAGAGCACUCGCCUCGACGACAUGGCCACUCGUAUCCUGGCCGGUUGGUUCCUCCUUGGACAGGACCAAGGCUACCCCGAGCCCAACUUCAACUUCUUCGACAAGAAAGAUCCUGCCACCAACCAGUUCGUCGAUGCGACUGCGGAUCACUACAAGGUUGCUCGAGAGGUCGCCAGCGCCGGUACAGUCUUGCUUAAGAACCAUCGCAAUGCUUUGCCUCUCAACAAGCCUCGCACCAUGGCUGUCGUUGGUUCUGACGCUGGUCCUCUCUAUCAGGGCGCCAACUACUGGCCUGACCGCGCUCAGAAUGGCGGACUGCCCUAUGGUACCCUCGGUCAGGGCUGGGGAUCGGGCUCGACCGACUACUCCUACUUCUUCUCGCCCUACGAGUCGCUGCAAGCACGCGCCCGAAAGGACCGCACCGACAUGCAGUGGAACUUUGACGACUACAACAUCGCUCAGAGUGUCAUGAUCGCCAACAUGACCGACGUUGCUCUCGUGUUCGUCAGCGCCGAGAGUGGUGAGGGCUACAUCAUCGUUGACAACAACGAGGGAGACCGCAACAACCUGACGCUCUGGAACCAAGGCGAGCAGCUCAUUCGCAAUGUGACGGCUGUCAACAAUAACACGGUCGUUAUUGUCCACUCGGUCGGCGCUGUCGACAUGGAGAGCUUCGCCGAGAACCCCAACGUGACUGCGAUUGUCUGGGCCAACCUGCCCGGCAGUGAGAGCGGCCGCGCUCUCGUCGAUGUUCUGUACGGAGACUUCAACCCCAGCGGUCGUCUGCCCUAUACCAUCGGCAAGAACCGCACGGACUACUCUGCCGACGUGCUCUACUACAACGACACCGUCACACCACAGAUCAACUACACCGAGAAGCUCAAUAUUGACUACCGCCAUUUCGAUGCCAAGAACAUCGAGCCGCGCUACGAGUUUGGCUACGGUCUAUCGUACACCAAGUUUGACUACUCGGGCGCUUGGACGCAACAAGUCGGACAUGCAGACAACAGCUGGUGGGGGUCGUCGAAUGCAUCCACCGGUCUUCCCGACUGGCUCUUCCAGCCCAAGUACGAGGUCACCUUCUCCCUCACCAACUCGGGCAGCUGCGACGGUCACGAGGUGUGGCAAGCUUAUCUUGAGUUCCCUCGUUCGGCUGGCGAACCACCCAAGGUGCUGCGCAACUUUGGCCGUGAAAAGAUCUGCAAGGGCGACACCAAGGAGGUCAAGUUCACGCUGAGCCAGUACGAUGUGUCGUACUGGUGCAAUGAGCUGCAGCAGUGGAUUCAGCCGGAGGGCAAGUUCAAGGUGGUCAUUGGCGCUUCGUCGAGGGACAUUCGCCAGGCUGUCGUGCUCAAUUAG